AUGUGGAACCGAUGCGAGUGCGGCUAUUCUGUCAACAAGACCACGGACGCCGAGCACAUGGUCUGGACGGACUUGAUGGAGACGGAUUUCCUGCACAUCGAUGACUUCACCAACAUCGGCUGGGUUCCGCAGGUGUACAACGUCACGAAGGCGGCAGCGCGGGGAGCGUACGGCAAGAUGGCGACGCUGGAGAAUGUAAUGGCGAAUCCGCUGAAGAAUUCGUGGGACUGGGCUGGCACAGCGGUCAACGACAGCGACGCCGGGCUGCAACUGGUGGUGCGCUCGCAGGUGGUCGACGACAUGGUGCCGAUUGGGGAGGUCGUGGCGGCGCGGACAGACAUGCUGUACGGAAGCUUUCGGGUCGCAAUGAAGAUGGCCGGAGUUCCUGGAACAUGCGGCGCUUUCUUCUGGUUCCGAAACGACACGCAGGAAAUUGAUAUCGAGUUCCUGUCGAAACAGCUCAAUGCUUCGUCCAACAUGGUCAACCUCGUCCUUCAAUCGCCCCAGUCGGCCGCCGCGGGGUACGAUGCGUCGCACACGCCCAACUACGACGUCUACCCGCUGCCUUUCCGGCCGGACAUGGCGUUCCACGAGUACCGCUUCGACUGGUUGCCCGACCGUGUCUCGUUCUACGCCGACGGCACGUGGCUGAAGGACAUGACGAUUGAGCUGCCCAACAGUCCUGGCCACCUUGUGCUCAACCACUGGUCCAACGGCGACCCGCUGUGGUCAGCCGGCCCGCCCGAGCAGGACGCCACCAUGACGGUAUCGUACGUGAAGGCCUACUUCAACUCGAGCGACGCGCAGCGCCGGAAGGACUAUUAUCUCCGCUGCCCGGAUCAGUCCAAAGUCGAGAACAACACUGUCUGCGAGAUCCCGGACCAGAUAAUCCCACCAGACAACCAAGGUCCCAACGGCAAUGUGACGGCCAGGACGUUCUUUUUCUCAGAGGAUCCAUCGGACACGGCGAACCAGACGGUGUUCAGCGAUUGGCAGAACAGGAACGAUGGCGGGGCUGGGAUGUUGCUGAGAGGAGCUGGGUUGAUGAAGGUGGUGGCUGGCGUGGCUUUCGCUUCGAUGGUAGGAUUCGCGUAG